AUGUCGAUGACGCCAUCCUACUCGAAAAAGUCCGGAUCGUCGCGUGGAAGACCUACCGGAACCAUGAACCGUCGCACGCCGUUCGAGAAGCACGCCCGUCACCACAUUGCUCCAAAUUCCGAGAAUGGUUCUGUCGAUCAGAGCAGCGAACGUCAUGCUGAUUUCGAGGAUGCCGAGGCAAUUACUGGACGAGCAGCAGGACCAAAUAGGCACCGAGCGAAAGGAGCUUGGUGUCUAUGGACUGGCCUUUGCGUCACCGGUGCUGCUUUGAUGGUCUUCAAUGUAACAACCGUACCUUCAAUGGCUCUCUCCGAGAUCGUUGGCCCCAUCCCUGGUAUCCUCAAGCUUAUCGGUGUCGAUCCUACGAGACGCGAAACCUCCUUCGGGGCUUCGACGACUGCGCCAAACCCGGCGAGAUGGACCUCGUCAUCGGUCGUCCUGGCGCUGGUUGCUCCACUUUCCUCAGGACCAUUGCGCCCUGGCUUCAUUGAUACCAAGGGCGAUGUCCACUAUGGCUAUUUCGACGUUGCAGAGAAGUCCAAACGCUACAUGGGCGAGGUGACUUACUCGGAAGAGGAUGAUUGGCACCAAUCCACCCUUUCCGUUGCUCCCGCCACCGACUUGGCCCUUCGUCUCAAGGCUACCUCUAAAAUGCUUCCAAGUCACACAGGAGAAUCUCUCCGCAAGAUCAUCCGCGACACCCUCCUGAAGACUGUGGACAUCGAGCACACGAACCAUACUCUUGUGGAUAGUGCGACCGUCCGCAGUGUCUCUGGUGGCGAGAGGAAGCAAGUCUCCGGCGCGCACAAAGAACCCGAGCACAACAUGGCGGACUGGGAGCAAGUUACGCCACACCUCCAAACGAGGCGACCUCAAGAGGAUGUCUUCAUCGUCCGCCUCGUCAAUGAGCCUUACAACUUCCUCGAUAGACAAUGCUUCGACGAGCUGAACGAGAUCAUUGCUCCACUCGAUAUCAAGACCACACGUGCGGUGAUCUUGACGGGAGGAGUUGAGGACAUCUUCGUGACCCACUACAAUGUGGACGAGAUCAUCGACUUUGGACUUUCGGUGCCGUCGUGGCUGCCAGCCCCGCCGGUGCUUCUCCGAGCUGCCCUGCGUCUCGAGAGUCUGAUCGCGUCACUUGGUCUCAGGUUCCUGACUCGAAAGACGCUGUUCGCUGGUCUAGCCGAUCUCAACCUCUACAAGGAAGUUUGCAAUCUGUUCCGGAGCAAGCCGCAAGUAUUCAUCGCCGCCAUCAACGGUCUAUGCUUUGGUGGCGGUUGCGAGUUUGCGCUCGCUUGCGAUUACCGGAUCGUGGUUGACACAGAUAGGCCGGUCAUGGGUCAAGUGGAGAGCUUGAUCGGCCUCAUCCCGGGAGGCGGCGGGACGCAUUUCUUCUCGCGAACCCUGGGCACGGCCAAAGCGCUGGAAUUGUGCCUGGAAGGAAAGACGCUAACUUCUUCCGAGGCGCUGGCGCUUGGCUUGGUCAACCGAGUGAGCCGAGCCGAAGACUUGCUCGACACCGCGGUCGGAGUGGUCAAGCAUCUCGCCAGACGCAGUCCGUAUGCGAUCAAAGCCAUCAAGGACUCGAUUCGCGUAGGCGGCUCGAUGACUCUUUCCGAAGGCUUGUUGCGCGAGCAGGGCUGGUUCGGAGGUGCUGCUUUGGUGGCAGAGACGCACGAAGCGAUGAAGAAGUACACGCGAAUGAUCAAAGACGAGAGGCCGCGAUCUCUGGCGGAUUUCGAUCACUACCUGCAACCUCUGGCAAAUGGUUCCUUCUUUGACUUUACGCCGGGCUCGGUUCGGUUUGCUUCCAGCACAAAGGCCGGCAAGACCGAAUAG